CUAUUCUCAUCCUCCAAUAGCUCCUGAAUGAAUGUGAUGAUUGACACGAAUAUCUCAUGAAGGAUAAGAUCAACUGCUCAACACUUACAAGAUACGCCAACAAUUGCUCGAUAUCCGACACGAUGCCGGUCCCCGGUGAUACCGAGCAUACUCUAGCUACAGAAUUCAGCAACGUGCUCGGGACAAAGGUUGAGGCCACUGAUAACUUCUUUGACUAUGGUGGGGACUCCAUCGAUGCUACAAUGGUGGCAUCUCGGAUCAACAAACAGCUCGACGUUGCCAUCACUGCGCAAGAUGUCUUCGAGUGCUCCGACAUAGUCACGCUGGCCGAGCGUAUCACACCCUUAACCGCGGUCGAAGAAAUACGUCCCGAUCUCUCGCUCGCAGUGCUAUGGUCCAGUGCAACAGUUAUUCGCGCAGGGACGUUUAUGGUUCUUGGAGCAGUUGCACCCCGACUCUGCCUGGUAUCUGAUGCCAUUUGCAACCCGGCUCCGAGGCCCGCUUCAACUAGACGCCCUCCAAAAAGCUCUACUAGCACUAACCGAGCGCCAUGAAACCCUCCGCACAACAUUCGACCACCAAGACGGAGUGGGCGUGCAGGUGGUCCAUCCUUUCCAACCCAAAUCACUCAACGUGAUCGACAUGUCCUCGCCAACGGACGCAGAUCUCCUGCGUGCUCUGCACCGAGAGCACGCCACGGUCUUCGACCUAUCGACCGCGCCCGGAUGGAGGCCCUCUGUAUUCCGCCUGGGGCCGGAGGACCAUGUGCUAUCAAUAGUCAUGCACCACAUCGUCUCUGACGGAUGGUCGGUGAACGUCCUCCGGAAGGAGCUGAUGGCCCUGCUGGCCGAGCUCCUCUGUGACAAACCACGGCCAACGUCCCUCUCGGGACAAGCGGGGCGUCAGGAGAUCAGCAUCGAAGACUCACUCUAUAAGGGCCUGCAACAGUUCUGUGCAGAACGCCAAGUGACCCCUUUCAUUGUCCUGCUCGCCGUCUUCCGGCUGGCGCACUACCACCUGACCGGGGUGAGCGACGCGACGAUCGGCACCCCAGUUGCCAACCGCAGCCGGCAGGAGCUGGAAGACCUGAUCGGGUUCUUCGUCAACGUACAGUGCAUCCGGAUCACGAUAGACGACGAGCCCUUCCAGGGGCUGGUUCGCCAGGUGCGGGGCACGACCAGCGCCGCGUUCGCCAGCCAGGAUGUCCCCUUCGAGGACAUUGUCUCCCAUCUGGAGAAGAGACGAGACCUCUCGCGCAAUCCCCUGGUUCAGCUGGCUUUUGCUGUGCACUCGCAAGCGGAGUUCGGCCAAUUCGAGCUGGAAGGCCUGCAGGCCGAGCAGAUCAAUGUCGUGCCAACCACGAGGUUCGACCUGGAGCUUCACCUGUUCCAGGGGGAGGGCGCGCUCCAGGGUCAUGCGCUAUAUGCCAAGGAGCUCUUUGACCAUGAGACCAUCCGUCUGUUCCUCGCGGUGUUUCGCGACCUCCUGCAGCAAGGGCUGGCUCAGCCGGAGACCACGGCCAGAGGUCUCCCCUUGGCAGAUGGAUACCCUGCGCUCGACCGGAUGGGGCUGAUCCGGAUCGAUCGAACGGAUUACCCACGGGACUGCAGCGUCGUCGAGGUCUUCCAGCAGCAGGUGCAAGCCGGCCCGGCCCGAGUGGCUGUCCAGGACGCAUCGGCGCAAUUGACGUAUCUUGAGCUGGAUCAGCGCUCGGACCGGCUGGCUCGCUGGCUCGCCGGCCGAGGCUUUCCAGCAGAGACCCUCGUAGGGGUGGCUGCCAGUCGCUCCCGUGAGACGAUCGUGGCAUUUCUGGCGAUCCUCAAGGCCCACCUAGCCUAUCUGCCCCUCGACGUCAAAGUCCCCGCGGGCCGCAUUGAUGCGAUUUUGGCAUCCGUGCCGAGCUGUCGACUUGUUCUGCUGGGAUCGGACGUCAAAGCUCCGGCCGUCCACCGCGACGGGGUGGAGUUUGUCUGCGUACCAGGGCAGGAUCAUCAGGCGCCAGACGGACUGCAUGGGACCCCGGCGAUUGCACCCCCGCACCCAGAGAGCCUGGCCUACGUGAUGUUCACCUCGGGGUCCACCGGCCGUCCCAAGGGGGUCAUGAUCGAGCAUCGCGGCAUCAUCCGACUAGCGCGGAGCAACGGUACUUUGCUUUGCUCUCCGUCAGACUACCGGAUCGCUCACAUGGCCAACCUGACCUUCGAUAUUUCAACGUGGGAGAUCUACACGGCGCUACUGAACGGCGGCACGCUGGUCUGCAUCGACGACAUGGCCGUGUUGAACGCGAUCCGGUUGAACGAGGUGUUCAGCACCGCGGGCGUCCACGCCGCAAUGUUCACCCCGGCUCUGCUCAAAAGUUGCUUGGAUGAACACCCGCAGACCUUACGCAACCUCGGCCUGCUGAUGGUGGCCGGCGAUCGAUCGAAUCCGGAGGACUUGGCCAUUGCGCAGGGGCUGGUCGAAGGUGGGGCGGUCGUCAAUACCACGAUAUACCGCGUGCCUCGCGGGGUACGAUGUGCGAAUGGGGUCCCGAUCGGCCGUGCCCUCACGGACUCCGGCGCCUACGUCAUGGAUUCGAACCUGCGUCUCGUCCCCCUCGGCGUCAUGGGCGAGCUGGUCGUCACCGGCGACGGCCUCGCGCGAGGCUACACCGACACGCAGCUGGACCAGGGCCGCUUUGUGACCGUGGACAUCGGCGGACAGCGCACCCGGUAUCGGCCAACGGACGGGCAACUCGAAUGCUCUGGGCGGAUGGACCAGCAGGUCAAGAUCCGAGGCUAUCGGGUCGAGCUCGCGGAGAUCGAGCACGUCCUGCUCGCCCACAGCUCGGUCAGUGAUGCGGUGGCUGUGAUACAGCAGCAGGAAGACGGGGGCUCUAGCAUUCUCGGCUUUGUCACAGUCCAUGAACCGCAAGCUCCAGUUUCGGGUGUGGCCCCUGCUGACGAAAAUACGGCCGAGCAGGUCAGAAGCUGGACGGAGCUCUUCAUCGUGGAAAAGUACGGUGCGAUGCCCAAGUUGGAACCCGACACAGUUGGUCGAGACUUCGUCGGAUGGACCUCGAUAUACGAUGGAAGCAAUAUUGUCACAGCGGAGAUGAACGAAUGGCUGGACGACACUAUCGACACUAUCCUGAGUAGCGGCCCGCAUGAUACGGUGCUAGAAGUAGGUACUGGGAGUGGGAUGGUUCUCUUCAAUCUGAUCCCUCAUUUCAAGCGGUAUGUCGGCCUGGAGCCGGCGAGCAAUGCAGUUCACCUUGUCAACGCGGCUGUUCGGUCAAUCCCUGGGGCGGCGGAGAAGAUCCAGAUGCAAGUCGGCACGGCGGCGGACAUUUGCCAUAUUCAGAGCGACCAGUCGCAUGAUCUUGCUAUACUGAACUCGGUUAUCCAGUCCUUUCCUUCCCCGGGGUACUUGAUGAAGGUGAUCAAGGAUCUUGUGCAACUGCAGGGUGUGAAACGCAUCUUCCUUGGGGAUAUACGAUCUUACGCACUCUACGGAGAGCUCCAAGUGUCCAAGGUGUUACAUCGUCUUGGCGACGCAGCGACUGUGGACGACGUUCAACAGGCCAUCGCUGAGGCUCCCGGCCUGGAAGAAGAGUUACUGGUUGACCCAGCAUUUUUCACGAGGCUACCAGUUCAGCUUCCUGACCUUGUCGAACACGUCGAGAUCCUGCCCAAGAAGAUGGAAGCAACGAACGAGCUAAGCUGCUACCGGUAUGCUGCUGUAUUACAUGCCCGGCAGGAUAAGAACCCGCCGAUACAGAUCCACGAAGUUGGCGAGAGCGACUGGGUUGACUGCAUGGACGCUGCGCUGGAUCACCGAUCCCUCUUGAAGCUCUUGCAAAAGUCGGCUCAGUCGUCUCUGGUAGCUGUGAGCAACAUCCCUUACAAGAAGACGAUCUUAGAACGGCAGGUUCUUGACCUUCUGGACGAUAAAUGCGUAAGAGCACUGGCUGCACGUAACCACCGGCUCCAAACUCUCCGUCGCAUGGACGAACCCCAGCCGUCACUUUCACCGGUGGAACUGGUGGCGCUCGCGCGGAAGACCGGCUUCGAGGUUGAGAUCAGCUGGGCCCGGCAGCACUCCCAGCGUGGUGGACUGGAUGCUAUCUUCCACCGCAACCAUGCGAAGAGCAAGACAGGCAGAGUACUCUUCCGAUUCCCCACUGACCAUGCGGGUCGGCCUUCUCGAUCGUUGAGUAACCAUCCUCUGCAACAGCGAUAUAACCAGAGGACCCAACGCGAGUUACGACAGAUGCUUCAGGCCCGGCUCCCUCAGUACAUGGUGCCCCAGUCCAUCGUGGUCGUGGACAAGAUGCCCAUCAACAAUAACGGCAAAGUCGACCGGCAGGCGCUCGCAAAGCAAGCCCACAUGUGCGCCAGAUCGAAGGUGAUCCCAGACAAAAUAGCCCCAGGAAGCGACACCGAGCAUGCCCUGGCUCAAGUCAUCAGCGACAUCCUGGGUAUCGAGAUUGGCAUCACCGAUAACUUCUUCGACUACGGUGGAGACUCACUCAAAGCCACCAAGGUGGUGACGCGAAUCAACAGCCAGCUGGAUAGUGCGAUCACCGUGCGCGACCUCUUCCAGCAUUCCACCGUGGCGAGUCUGGCCCAGGAGAUGCAGACCUCGCUGCUCUCGAGCCCCAUGCUCCAGCACCGAGAUUUCCCUCCCUUUUCUCUCCUUGACUACGACGCUUCGUCUCUCACCCCGGCCGAGCUCGGCGAGCUAGGGCUCACGUCGACAGGCGCGAUCCUCGAAAUCCUCCCGUUGACAGGAUGCCAGCUCUGGUUUCUGACCCAGUGGACUCCAGUGACCACAUCUUUCACCAUCAACGGGCCCAUGGAUCCCGACCGGCUCCAAGCAACCUGUCGAGCGGUGGUGCAAAAGCACAGCAUCCUGCGCACGGUCUUCACGAGGCUUCGCGACAAGCUUGUCCAAGUGAUCCUGCGAUCCUUCGAGGCCUUCUCCCACCGGGUGGCAGCAGCAGCCCAAAAUGCAUCGGACGCCCCACACUGCCCUAACCUUCCACACUACGACCUCUCAAAUCUCGACCGUCCGAACCCUCUGGCUCUGGGCAAACCGCCCACGCGCUUCACAUUGUUCUCCCAGUCGCCGACGCAACAUCUCUUCGUCAUCCAGCUCUGGCACGCGCAGUACGACGGACUGUCGUUGCCGUUUCUCUCGUCCGACCUGACGCACGCAUACAAUGCCGGUGGCGUCCUGCCCUCCACCCCGGCCACCCCGUUCGCGCAGUACGUGUACGGGCGCCACAAGCACCGGUCCGCCGCGGCCUUCACCUUCUGGAGACACUACCUCCGAGGCGCCAGGAUGACGACUCUGCCCGGCACAACCACUGCCCCGGAAGACAGCAGCAGCAGCAGCGCCACAGACACCAAAGAGACCGCAACCGGCGCACUCCCCCCCACCAACCUACCGGGCAUCACCCUCCCCACGCUCAUGAACGCCGCCCUAGCCUACACACUAGCCCACCACACCCAAAGCAGCGACAUUACCUUCGGCCCGGUGAUGGACACGCGCGCCAACCCGGUGCAGGACGCAACGACCAUCCUAGGACCCUGCAUCAACAUCAACCCGGUGCGCGUGCAGCUGCCGCCGCCGCCGCCGUUGGAGGCCGGGCAAUCGUGGACGGCGCGGGAGCUCUGCCACGCGCUGCACGAGCAGUACGUGCAGAUCGCGCGCUACAGCGUGCUAGACCUGGACGAAAUCACCGCCCGCAGCACAGAUUGGGCCCCCGGCACGCGCUUCGGGUGCAUCUUCAACCACCUGCCCCGGGAGGACUAUCCGCCGCUCGCGUUCGACGGCGCACACACCGCGUUCCGGUCCGCCCACCUCCGCAUCUGCCUGCCGGGCCAGGUGCUCGUCCGGUGCAUUACGGUCGGCGGCGGCGAGCUGAAGGUCCAGGUUCUUGCUUCCGGCGAUGUGUGGGAUGGUAAGGGGGCUGCGGCGCUGGCGCGGAUGCUGCUGGAGACCGGUCAGCGGGUUGCGCGGUUUCCGGAUGCGUUGGCGUUGCUUUCGGCGCCGCGGUUUGUAGAGUAG